AUGUCCAUUACCAAGAUCCACGCCCGCCAGAUCUUCGACUCCCGUGGCAACCCCACCGUCGAGGUCGACCUCUACACUGCCAAAGGCCGCUUCCGCGCCUCUGUGCCCUCUGGUGCCUCCACCGGUAUCCACGAAGCUGUUGAGCUUCGCGAUGGUGACAAAAACGCCUACGUCGGCAAGGGCGUCCUGAAGGCCGUCGCCAACGUAAACGACAUCAUUGCCCCCGAGCUGCUCAAGGCUGGCCUCUCGGUCACCUCGCAGAAGGAGAUCGAUGACUUCCUGAUCAAGCUCGACGGAACCCCCAACAAGGGCAAGCUUGGCGCGAACGCGAUUCUUGGCGUAUCUAUCGCCGUCGCGGAGGCCGCCGCUGCGGAGAAGGGCGUCCCCCUCUACCAGCACCUCGCGGACCUCGCCGGCGUCAAGCCCCCCUUCAUCCUCCCCACCCCCGCGUUCAACGUUAUCAACGGUGGUUCGCAUGCGGGCAACAAGCUCGCGUUCCAGGAGUUCAUGCUCCUGCCCACUGGCGCCACCAGCUUCACUGAGGCGAUGAAGAUCGGCACUGAGACCUACCACACUCUCAAGAAGGUCAUCAGCGCGAAGUACGGCAUCGACGCCGUCAACGUCGGUGACGAGGGUGGAUUUGCUCCCAACGUCUCUGGCGCUGAGGAGUCGCUCGAGCUCCUCACUGAGGCCAUCAAGAAGGCCGGCUACGAGGGCAAGAUCAAGAUCGCGCUCGACGUUGCCUCGUCCGAGUUCUACAAGGACGGCAAGUACGACCUAGACUUCAAGAACCCCAACUCGGACCCCACGAAGUGGAUCACCGGUGUCCAGCUCGCGGACCUCUACCUGAGCUACGUCAAGCAGUACCCGAUCGUGUCGAUCGAGGACCCCUUCGACCAGGACGACUGGGAGGCGUGGACCCACUUCACGGAGCACAGUGGCAUCCAGAUCGUCGGUGACGACCUGACUGUCACCAACCCCCUCCGCAUCAAGACCGCCAUUGAGAAGAAGGCCUGCAACGGUCUCCUCCUCAAGGUCAACCAGAUCGGUACCAUUUCGGAGUCGAUCCAGGCUGCUCAGCUCGCGCAGUCCGACGGCUGGGGAGUCAUGGUCUCCCACCGUAGCGGUGAGACUGAGAACACUGUCAUCGCCGACCUCGUUGUCGCGCUCGGCACUGGCCAGAUCAAGACUGGUGCGCCCGCGCGUAGCGAGCGUGUCGCCAAGUACAACGCUCUCCUCCGUAUCGAGGAGGAGCUUGGCAACGGUAUCUUCGCUGGCGAGAAGGGUCUGUCCGCAGGGACGACCGCGCCGGCUCUGCUCAAGAAGUAAAAAUUCUACGGAAUACGGAAGGAGAGAUGUACGCUUGAGAAGUCGCUGUGCUCAUAGAUUGUAACACAUCACAUCAAUCGCAUUUGUUAUCGAAGCA